AUGGAGAGGGGAGCCGCAAAGGCUGUAGUCGUCACUUCAUUUUAACCAAAUUUACAUUAAAUACAGUAACACGCAACCAAGGAGAAUAAGAAAAUCAAUUAAUAAAAAGUGCUGUUCUUUCUGUCGGCAUCUCAAGACUCCUGUAGAUAUGCAAGAAGCCAGGCACUAUGGUGCAUCCACUGCGUGCAUCUGAAGUUUAGAGGAGGGAGAAAGGAAAGGAAGAAAAAAAGUUUUGUUGCAGCGCAGUAAGCUAGUUUCAGAAAGUGAAGUUUGGAGGAGUGCAGGAGUGGCGACUACGCUAAGCACAAGAAGCAUCAGCGGCGACCAGACACGGCUCUUCGGGCAAAGCACAAGGUGUUCACCUAACGAGAUUUAAAGUAAUGAUCAGAAAUCAUGGAAGCCCAGUCCCAUUCCACUUCCACAAUUGAGAAGAAGAAAGCUGAACAUUCCAUUGUGAAAAGUUCAACGCGAGCAGAUGUCAGCGAGAAAGCAGUUGCCUCCAGCACUACUUCCAAUGAGGAUGAAAGCCCUAGACAACCUUAUAACAGAGAAAGAAGAAACGCAAUUGCAAUGCAACCUCAUUCAGGUGGCCAAACACUUGGAAAGAUCAAUGAAGAGCCUUCAACAUCCACAGAAGAUAGAAGUCCAUUGGUGAAAAAAGAGAUACAUGGAUCCCUUUCCCACUUGACAGAGCACUCUGUUCCCUAUCGUGGCACACUCUUCACAAUGGACCCUAGAAAUGGCUACAUGGACCCCCAUUAUCCUCCACCUCACCUAUUUCCAACAUUUCACCCCCCGGUUCCAAUUGAUGCUAGGCAUCAUGAAGGACGUUAUGUGUAUGAACCCUCUCCUGUUCCUCCUCUGCAUAUGCCUCCUGGUCUCUCUGGCAGUUCAGCUUUCUCAGACAUCUCUUUAAUUAGAAUUUCCCCGCACAGAAACCCUUCUGCUGCUGCUGAGUCUCCUUUCAACCCCCCUCACCCCUAUAUUAACCCCUACAUGGAUUACAUCAGGUCUCUGCACAGCAGCCCCUCUUUAUCAAUGAUUUCAGCUGCCAGAGGACUCAGCCCAACUGAUGCACCACAUGCAGGUAUUAGCACUGCUGAAUAUUAUCACCAGAUGGCACUGCUGGCAGGUCACCGGAGCCCAUAUGCAGAUAUCAUUCCUUCUGUUGCAACCAGUGCUGGGGCAGGAACCAGUGCAUUACACAUGGAGUAUCUCCAGGCUAUAGAAGGUUCACGCUUUCCCAGUCCCAGGAUGACAGUUCGAUCCAGCCGUAAAAGGACCCUGCCAAUUUCCCCAAUGUCAGACCAUAGUUUUGACCUUCAGACCAUGAUCAGGACUUCUCCCAAUUCCUUGGUUACUAUUCUUAAUAACUCUCGAAGUAGUUCUUCUACUAAUGGAUCAUAUGGACAUCUUUCAGCAGGUGCAUUAAGUCCUGCCCUGAGUUUUGCUUACCUUCCUACGCCAGUAACCCAUCAGCAAAUGCAUCAACAGCUUAUGAGUCGACAGCCUAGCAUUGGGUCUGCCUUUGGACAUAGUCCUCCUCUCAUCCACCCAGCUCCAACAUUUGUAACACAGAGGCCCAUUCCAGGGCUUCCUACUGUCUUGAACUCUGCUCAGGUCAACACAGUGCCAUCAGAACCCAUGCAGAGUAAACCUACGAGUGAGUCGGCAGUGAGCAGCACUGGAGAUCCUCUGCAUAACAAGAGGUCUAAGCUUAAACCUGAUGAAGAUUUGCCUAGUCCUGGUACAGGAAAUGCACAGGAGCCACCUGAAGGUAUGACGUUGGUGAAGGAAGAGGGGGACAAGGAUGAAAGUAAACAAGAGCCAGAAGUGGUCUAUGAAACCAACUGCCAUUGGGAAGGCUGCACUAGGGAGUUUGACACACAGGAACAGUUAGUGCAUCAUAUUAACAAUGACCAUAUCCAUGGUGAGAAGAAGGAGUUUGUGUGUCGCUGGCUAGAUUGCUCCAGGGAGCAGAAGCCUUUCAAAGCCCAGUAUAUGUUAGUGGUUCAUAUGAGAAGGCACACGGGAGAAAAACCACACAAAUGUACAUUUGAAGGAUGUGCAAAGGCCUACUCCAGACUAGAAAACCUGAAAACACACCUGCGAUCUCAUACCGGAGAAAAGCCGUAUGUCUGUGAACAUGAGGGCUGCAACAAAGCUUUUUCUAAUGCCUCAGAUCGAGCAAAGCAUCAAAAUAGGACUCAUUCAAAUGAGAAACCUUAUAUAUGUAAAAUUCCUGGCUGCACAAAGCGUUACACCGAUCCAAGUUCUCUUCGCAAACAUGUCAAGACAGUGCAUGGCCCUGAGGCACAUGUGACAAAGAAACAACGCGGUGAUAUCCAUCCACGGCCUCCCCCUUCCCGAGAACCAGGCAACACUUCCCAGUCGAGAUCUCCAGGGCAGCAUUCUCAAGGAGGCUUUAUUGACCAAAAUUAUAACCAUACUACCUCAAAACAAGAAGAAUGUCUGCAGGUCAAGGCUAUCAAGACAGAAAAACCUAUGGCGUCUCAGCCAAGCCCUGGCAGUCAGUCUUCAUGCAGCAGUGAACAGCCCCCCUUCAACAACACGUCCAGCAGUGGAAUCGAGCUUGCUCUGAACAGGAGGGGCAGCAUGGGUGACCUCAACACAACUGAGGAGGCUCCCAUUAUGGAUUCUACAGUGUCCACAGCAACAACAGCACUCGGCCUGCAGGCCCGCAGGAAUGUGGCAGGGAUGAGAUGGAUGGAGCAAGUUAAAGUGGAAAAGCUAAAACAAAUUAAUGGAGUCCUACCAAGGCUAAACCCUGUUCCACCUCCAAAAGGCCUAGCCUUGCCUCCCAUCAUAGGAACUGGCACACAAUCUGGCUCAAACAAUGUUGGAGGUGGAUCUAUGACAAUCCUUCCCAGUAGGAAUGAGCUUUCCAGUACUGAUAUCACAGUAUUGAACCUGAUAAAUGAUCGACGUGAUAGCACAACCAGUACCAUCAGUUCAGCGUACCUGAGCAGCCGACGCUCAUCAGGAAUCUCUCCCUGCUUCUCUAGUCGUAGGUCUAGCCAGGCCUCGCAGGCCGAGGGACGGCACCACAACCUCAGUGUAACAGAUUCAUACGAUCCUAUUUCUACAGAUGCUUCAAGGCGCUCAAGUGAGGCCAGUCAGUGUGGAGGUAAUAGUGAGAGCUUGCUAAACCUCACUCCUGCUCAGCAGUAUAGGCUCAAAGCCAAAUAUGCUGCCGCCACAGGUGGGCCUCCACCCACACCGUUACCGAACAUGGAACGUAUGAGCCUUAAGACUAGAAUGGCUCUCAUGGGUGACUGCAAGGAGACUGGACUUUCCUCUUUGCCUCCUGUCAAUGUUCCAAGAAGAUGCAGUGAUACCGGUACUAAUGGUUUUAGCAGAAGAAGCAUUUUGUCACAGGGAGCAAUAGGAAGCAGCACAAGGAGGGCCAGUGAUCCAGUUAGAACAGUAUCUGAUCAAGUUAAUCUGCCUUUGGUACAACGAUUUAACAGUCUCAGCAAUAUGAACAAUAAUUCACUGGCACCCUUCACAGAAAGGAGGAAUCUCAGUCUCCAGAAUUAUACACGCUCCGAUGGUAAUCUGCGCUACCCAGUGUAUUCACCUUGCCCGCCAAGUAUUAGCGAAAAUAUUGCCUUGGAGGCAAUGGCAAUGGAAACUGAAGGUCUCCUGAGUGAUGAGGACAUUUUUCCUGAUGAUGUGGUGCAGUACUUAAACUCUCAAAACCAAGGACUAUAUGACAGUCUAAAUAACAAUAAUAGACAUGAUGGUAACAAGAACAGCUCUGUCAACAAUUCGGACCUAUAUGAUCAACUUCAGGAUCCAGCAGUAUUACACCAAAGUCUUGAACGUGAAUCAGACAAAGAUGACUUGCCAAUUCAAUGGAAUGAGGUUAGUUCUGGGAGUACUGAUAAGUCACCACCCAAACAGAAAUAUCAACAACAGGCAAUGACAGGACAAUCUAUUCGAACUUUUGGAUUAUUCAACAACAUGGUUUUACAGCAACAGAACAUUACUAGAGGAUUAUUCAACAACAUGGGUUUACAGCAACAGGACAUUACUAGAGGUAAUCAAAAUGCAUGUACAAUUCAACAAACACCUGAGAAUGGCUCAUUUAAUAGCCACCAUUCUCUCAGUAAUACAAAUAGCAUUGGUGGUAUGUUUAAUAGUCAAAUGAGUAAAAUUCAACAACAGUAUACACAGACUUCAUAUAGUAGCGAUCAGGAGACCAGGAAUGGUAGCACGUUGAUGAUGAACGAAAACCGUAACAACCACUUGCAGGCAUCCAUACUGACAGGGGCGACAGCUGCCAAUAUGGCUGGGGGUAUGCAACACCUAGAACAUCCUAGUGACCUCAGUUAUGUGCAACCUCAAACUACAGCACAGCAGAUUAAUGAAGAUUUAGUAUACCAUGAAAUAAAUAGGGGAAAUACAAUAGUGGGGCAUCACAACCCCUGCUCACAGUUGUCCCAAGUACAGGGGCUGCAAGCCUAUUCUCUCCCAGCUCCUGUUAACCUGACCUGUAGCUCAGCUGCCAGUAGGCAACCAUUAAGGAAUAAUUCGGUACACCAGGACCAAAUGAGAAAUGCAAACUCAACAUUCAGGAUUACUGGUGUUAAGCCAGAAAUGCAAGGCCACUUUGAACAAAACCCCUGUACUGGGUUGCACAACUAUUCUGGACAGAUGUUUGAUCAAAGUAUGGAUUAUAGUACAGCAACUGCAAAGCAAUCCUCAUUCCCUGAGCAGGAGAACAAUUGCAUGUUACAACAGAUAAACAUGAACUUAAGCAACAACAACUCUUCUGAACUUGUUUCUCCAGGGGCUAAUCAGGUUACUAGCACUGUUGACAGCAACAGCCUAGAUAAUGUGCAGCUGGACUUUGAUGCCAUCCUAGAUGAUGGUGACCACUCUAGCUUAAUUUCUGGGGUUUUGAGCCCAAGUAUUUUUCAGAAUCUCUCUAGAAACUCAUCACGCCUUACAACUCCUCGAGCUCCAGUGACCUUCCAGAACUUACCUGCCAGCCACAGCAACAUGGCAAUUGGUGAUAUGAACUCUUUGUUGACUUCUUUAGCCGAAGAAAGUAAAUUCCUUGCCAUCAUGCAAUAGGAGUUUCACGAUUGACAUACAUUAACAUUAAAAGACUUUUUGAAAAGAAAAAAAGAAACAUCUUUUAUAAUAAUUUUGUAUUGUAUCCAUCAUAUCCUUGGAAAAGGAUAUUUUUAAUGUUUAUUCCAUUUCUGGAAUGACAACUUUUUAAGCUCUUAUUUUUUGUAUUUUUUAAUUGCUAUUAAAUAAGGAAGAACUUGUCUUCCAUUUUUUUGUUAUUGCAACAGUAUUCUUUGUAUUGUCCGUUUCUUUAUGUAAAUUAUAGAUACAGUGCAUGUGAUGUUCAGGUCAACACUGUCUUUUUGCAAGUUUGUAAACUGAUUAAUCUUGUGAUGUUGUGACUGAAGACCAUUACAUCUACAUAAGUCAUGAGCACUAAAGGCUAACACGGGUUUAUAAAACUACACAGAUCUGGACCCAAAGGAUGUGUUUUUUUUUUGUUUUUUUUGUUUUGUUUUUUUUCCAUUUCAUUUAAAAACAGUGUCUUUUUUGCAGACAUGUACAUUAUACAGCUGUUUUUUAAGUGUAUUUCUUUGAAUGGUAUUUUUAACCUCCAUGUAGGAAUAUUUUUAAAAUUUUCUCCAAUAUGCACAUAUUAGUUUUAUUUUUGUUCUAUGUGUCUUUACACUGUGUGUAUAGGUGUGUGUGUGCUUUUGAUUGUAAAUAAUAUGAUUUGUACAUUUCAUGUUUUUAAGACUGUAUCUGCCAAGAUGAUUUCUAAUACAUCGCCACGUAUAGUUUUCAUAAUUCAAAAGCAAAUGACGCUCAAAUACUGAAAAAGUGAUGCUGUUUAAAUCAGGGAGAUGAAGGGCUCGAAGGGUCAAAGUGUUUCAGCCGCAAUACACUUUGUAGAUUUUGUUUGACAGUUAACAGAUGUUAAGUUCAGAGUGAAUAAAAUGUACCCAUUCUCAAGCUGCUGGGAUUAUUUUUACAUUGUGUGACACUUCGUUGACAAAUUAGUACGCAAUUUAAGGGAAGAGCUAAGCAUAUAUCAUUACUGGGGUCUAUAUACAUGUUGUUGCACAUCAUACUGCCAUAAAUGUGUGUUAGGUUUCUGACAGAAGGAUUGCAGUUUUGUUCAUAAUAAACUACAGACUAGAACAGCUCCUUAUUAUCACUUUAUGUGGUAUCAAAGACAUGUCAUUAUUAAAUACUAUAUGUGGUAGAAGCAAUCAUUCAAAGAUAUGGUGCAUUUUCAGAGUAUUAAUAAAAAUGUUAUCGUCUCUCUUUCAAAAAAAAAUAUGUAACUUCAGUAUUUGCAUACCAUAUUAAGGUACUUUUUUGUUUAUGCUACCAUAAAUAGUAGCAGGCCAAGUCUGGGAACAGUCCGGUAUGUUUGUCAAUCAUGUUGUUAUCAAAAUGUUUAUAAGGUACGUGCCUUAUUUGUGUUAAUGUUACAAGAGAGAGCAGAAUCACUGCCAGACUCCAUUGUAAGGUAUUAUUAAUGUAUGAGACGUAGUGUAAAAUGAGUAGAAUUUCUUGUUUUGAAAUCUUUUGUAUUUGUUUCCAGCAGAUAUUUUGGCAGUUUUUAAAGGUAUUAUAGAUAGUACUUUUUUUUUUUUUUUUUUUAUGAAUACAAUUGCAAAUAAUCAUUUUUAUACUUGUAAAUAUAUGUAAUGUAGAUGUAGAACUGACAUGAAGAGGCUUUACUGGCCAAUAAUGAUGACUUUUACAGCAGGGAUACAAUGGUUUAAGCCUUAGAUUGGAUGGGAGGCUCUGUAGCACAGUGCAUAUCACACAGUGUGCUUUAUGCUGUCAGAUCCACUUAGCAGUUUUUAUAACUGAAGAAAAUGUUUGUACAAUUUUAAUAAAAAAAUAAUUUUAUAUUUGAAUCUCA